CAAACAAGAAACCUCUGAAUUCACCUGAGAAAUGAUGUCAGAGGUCAGGAAAUCUGACAGAUGAAGGAGGAUGUUGAAGCAGAUACUGUAGCCACGCUGUUCAGAGCAUCUGAUGGGAAAAGAUUUCCAAAGAAAAGGUUGUUGCUGCUGUUGCUAAAUGGAUUGAGGCUCCGUGGGUAAACAGUUGCUAAUAUGUACACAUGUAUAUAUGAAUAUCUAGUCCGUCUUAUUUUGAUAAUUUGGAUGUUGUGCUGGUUCUGUUUCCUGGUGGUCCGGUAUGAUUCAUGCAGAUUGUCUCCAGCCGUGCUUCGGCAUCCAGCAACAAUAGACUCUGGUGGAAUCAGAUGGCUGUCUGCACGCCGCAGCGUUGGCGCUCUGAUCUGAUGACAGCUGACUUUCUCCUCACUCUGCUGUGUCUUUCUGAUAGUGACUGAAAUAUAUCUAAAGAAACAUCAGAUUAUGCUGCUGCUGUUGUAGCAGCAGUCAGUUUACUGCCGGGGUUCCCCUUCUACGUUAUAAAGGAGCACAAAAAAGUAGUCUGGAAAUACCAUUUUAGUCAAAUUUAUGCUCAGCAACUGUUCAUUUCAGCAGAAUGGAUUUACUUUUGAAAUAUUUUAUAAAGGUUUCCUUUCUAUAAAUGUAAUUAGAUUUAUCAUGAAAAUUUGAUGUCACAGGCACUUUAAGGCACUUUAAUAGUUAUAUUUUGUGAAGCAACUCUUUGUUUUCUGGUAAUUACAGUCCUCCUUAUUCCUGAGUACAGAGAAAUCUCUGAGAAUUGUAGCAGUCUAUAUUGACAUAUUUGUUUUUACGUUUGAAACUAUGUACCAGUGAUUGAGACUCUGUGAACAUCAUACUUGGUUUAAACGUGCCAAAUGUGCAUUUAUUAUGGUUAUAUUUGACCCCAAUAACCUGUUUAUACUAUGCUGUGUGUUUUCUACCUAGCUGGCAAAUUCACAGUCGCUGUUGUGAUUGCUUGUAGUGAGCGUUGCCAUGGCGACGGCAGUAUCAGCGCCAAGUGAAGUGGAAGAAGAGCUUGUGAUGCUCAGCAUGGAGGAGAGGGAGACCAGUUUUAACAGGAAGACAUGAUUGGGUGGAGUGGAGGAUGAUGUCAUGUGUUUAUCUGGAGCUUUCAACACGUCUCAUCUUGCAGAAUCUUUUCCAUCUAACGUCCAGGGAUGCACUCAGAACACCGUGUGUUUAAAUGCAAUAAGAGCAGGCGGAUAAUCAGUUCGGAAAAAACCUCAAACUGAAAGCGAGGAGGAGCCAGGCAGAGAAGCAGCGAGGGAGGAGAAGUGUGUGUCAUACUGAGCAUGCUCUUUGUCUUUAACUUCCUGCCCUCUUUCUCCCUGACAGAGAGGAGCGUUCAGAGAGGCCGGCAUUCAGCAACAGGAGAGGAAGAGGAUCAGUCACUCUGGUCUCAGCCGAGGAGAAUAAGCCGGUCCAAACCAGAGGAGUUACAGCAAUCAAACUGUGGAUAUUUAGCUUUUUAUUAAUCUCUGUGUUUUUGUAGAAGAGUGACCGACUGAAACUGACUUUGUUUUUGUGAAACAGUGUUUUACUUCAUCAUCUGCCUCAGAGAAGAAAAUACUUUUUUCUCCUCUCUUUUUUCUUUGUGAAACUUUAGACGGACAAGUCUGAGAGAAACUGGAAGCUGAAGGGGAUUUUAUUUCCUGCUCACUUGCGUCACCUCUUUCGAUUUCUGUUUGUGUUAUCUCUCUUUGGCCUUUCCUGAUAAUGUUUGGUUUCUCAUGAAAGCAAGAGGAGGAGGUUUCUUAAGAGUCUGAGCCAAGAGUUUAGGAAAAAAAAAUCCUUCCUUCAGUUUUACCAGGAAACAUACCACGCUGUGUCUCUUUCUAGGUAUUUUAAGGAGUGGUAACAAAGGAAAAUGGGCUCAGAAAAGGGCUCCGAGUCACCUCACUCAUCGGUUAGUGCUAUUCCCAACCCUAAGUGCCGAGCAGCCGGGAAACGCCAGGGCCGUAUCUCCUUCCACAGCCUCUUCCACAGCAAGCGGGGCUCUCGGAGUGGAAGGGCCCCCAAAGGAGGAGGGGCCACUCAUCAUCAAGCACAGCAGCAGGUGCUGCCUUCAGCCUUGAGUUCAACACCCACCGCAGCCUCUGCCACGACCACCACAGCGGCCACAAACAGUAAGGACACAGCCUCCAACACCCCCUCUGAUCCGCUCUCCUUCAGCCAGCCGUCCCUUGGUGGAGCCGCCGCCUCAGGGGAACCCAACCUCCUGGAGUGCCCGCUGUGCCUGGUGCGUCAGCCCGCCGAGCAGCUGCCUGAGCUGCUGGGCUGCAGCCACCGCUCCUGCCUUUGCUGCCUGCGCCAGUACCUCCGGAUCGAAAUCACCGAGAGCCGGGUCCAGCUCAGCUGCCCCGAGUGUGCCGAGAGGCUGGUCCCGCGGCAGGUGGCCGACAUCCUGGACGACGCCGCCCUGCUGGAGAAGUAUGAGGAGUUCCUGCUGAGGAGGUGCCUCGCCUCUGACCCGGACUGCCGAUGGUGCCCGGCGCCUGAUUGCGGGUUUGCAGUCAUUGCCUCAGGCUGCGCCAGCUGUCCCAGGCUGGUGUGUCGGAGAGAGGGCUGCGGCGCAGAGUUUUGCUACCACUGCAAACAGGCAUGGCACCCCAACCAGACCUGCGACUCGGCCCGCCAACAGAGGGCACAAUCCCUGCACACCCACAGUGGCCACUCACCCAGCUACACGCAGGAGCAGGGGCCAGCUGAUGACAUCAAGCCCUGCCCUCGCUGCGGCGCCUACAUCAUCAAGAUGAAUGACGGGAGCUGCAAUCACAUGACCUGCGCCGUCUGUGGCUGCGAGUUCUGCUGGCUCUGCAUGAAGGAGAUCUCUGACCUGCACUAUCUCAGUCCAUCUGGCUGUACCUUCUGGGGGAAGAAGCCUUGGAGCAGGAAGAAGAAGAUCUUGUGGCAGCUGGGAACGCUGAUCGGAGCUCCGGUCGGGAUCACUCUGAUUGCGGGCAUCGCCGUUCCCGCCAUGGUCAUCGGCAUCCCGGUUUACAUCGGCCGAAAGAUCCACGCCCACUACGAGCUCAAGAAGGCGUCUCGUCACAGAAGGAAUUUGGCCAUCACAGGCGGCGUGGCCCUGUCGGUCAUCACCGCCCCCGUCAUCGCCGCCGUCAGCGUCGGCAUCGGCGUUCCCAUCAUGUUGGCCUACGUGUACGGCGUUGUUCCCAUCUCGCUCUGCAGAGGAGGGGGCUGCGGUGUCAGCCGGGGGAAAGGCCGCGGCGUACGAAUUGACUUUGAUGAAGAUGAUGGACCAAUCACAGUGGCAGACGCGUGGCGCGCCCUGAAGUCUCCAAGUCUCGGAGAGAGCAGCCUGGACGGAGUGGUCAGCGGACUGAGCACCACUUCCCCCAGCGAGGGGCUCUCUGUAGCCCCUGGGAAUCUGGGAGACACUCCGCACUUUAACACACUCGCCAGUGGCGUCUUGGGGACUCGAACCAGCAAGUACAGCAGGUCAGGAUUCAGGUUGGAAGUUCAACCAGGGGAGCUCGUAAAGGAAUCAGCCCAGAGAGAGACGGGAAGCUUGGGAGCAGGAAGUGACUGCGCCAGCACCCGAGGAAUGGCCGGAUCCAUCAUUUCCUCUUAUACCUUACCUGACAGGGACUGCACCAACCUGGAGAUCCAGGUGGACAUCGAGACCAAACCCAGCCAUCUCUGCCUGACCAGUGAGGAGGACCUAGCUCCGCAGCAAGGCUCCGCUGCCAUAGUGACCACCUCAGGAGGGGAGGAGCCUCAGGACUGCAGCUCCAGAAGGGGCGGGGCUCUGUCCUGCUUUGCGUUGGGACUUUCGCCGGGGGCGUCGAUGAGGGAGGGGCUCCGAGACGUCACCCUGGCUCAGCCAGAGAGCAUCCGCAGCGACCUGGAGAUGUCGGACACUCAGUCGGAUGACAUCGCGGAGCUGACGUCGGAUGACUGUGACUCACCUCAUCCAAAAAGCUGCCAGCAAAUGCAGCCCCCCUCCUGCAGAUCCCUGAAUCCCCCCACCGACAGCCUUCAGUGUCCCGCAGACAGCAAAGUCAUCCUAUUCGUCUGAGAGAAGCACAGCUCUCAGGAUUGCACAAAAACUGACAAAACCCUGAACAUUUACCCUCAAACCAUGUGUUUCUGUCCUCCGGUCAUCUCUCGUCUUCUGCUUCAACAUCCAAAACACAGACAGCGUUCGUUUACUCCUGUCUGUCUCAUUGAUCCACCGGCCAAUCUCCUUUCUAAGUAAAUGGUCAGGGUUCUACCUCUGCGAUUUGUUGUUUACUCCUUGGUGCAAAAUGCCUUGGCUUCUUAAGCAAAAAAAAAUAUAAAAAUAAAGUAAAAAAGUACAAAUUCAUAAGAAAAAAUGCAAAAAUGAAAAGUUAAACUGAGGUGAAUGUUACCAAGCACAGUGAACAGAAACAGGUUGGUGAAGAAAUGGAAGCACGUUUGAAUGGAGACUUACAGCUUUUCUUUUCUUCUGCUGUUUCUGCCAUCAGGAAAAUUAAUUUUUUUGCAGUGUGCAUGAGUCUGCAUGAUCCAUUUCUCGCCUUGAAUGUUUCUCUUUCAGUGUGGAGAGUUUAAUUUCAGAGGCCAAAGCCGCACUUGAAUCUCGCUUUCCCAGCAGAAAAGAUUAUGAGGAGGGUGGAGGUGGAACGAAGAAGCGGUGCACACGCUGCAGAAAGAAGUUAAUGAGAGAGUUCUGAUGACAACGGCCCAAAACACCCCGAGAAAAAGAAAGGUUCUGAACCAGGUUUUUAAUUUAAAAAGAUUUUUGUAGAAAUUAUCUGGUGCAUCCCUAACUUUCACAGGUGUCCUAAAACCAACAUGAAACAUUUUUUACAGUUGGGCCAUAAAUCUUCCAUGGGAGCAAAAUACUAUUCAGCUUAAAUCUAAUAAAACCUGCUUAAAAUAUUAGAAUUGAAGAGCAGAUUGUUCAGACUCCAAAACAACAUUUAAACAUAAAGAUUCUAUUUUGAGUUUUAUCUUGGAUCAUCCUGCCUUGGAGGAAAAUUACAUUUAGCCAAAAACAAAAAAAUAAAGUCAUGCUUAGAAAACCCUAAAACUAAAGGGUCAAAUUUUCUGUUUUAUAAACGAGGCUCGUGGCAAAGACAAAGGAUAAAAUAACAAAGAUGUUACGUUAACAAAAUAAUUUGCUAAUAAUAAACGUUCAGAACAUGUAGAAAAUAUUUAGUUAUUGAUAUCACAUUUUUCACCAUUUCAUAAAAAUCCUAUGAUUCAGACACCGAAGCAGAACAUAAAGAUUCAGUUUUAUACAAAACAUCCACAGACCCUCCCUUUGAAUUAAAUAAUAUUUAACUAAAACAAAAAAAUACACUUUUUAAAAAGUUUCACUGAAUUAUCCUUUUAAGACACGGCGAGAUCCACGUCCCCGUUUCUGUUUCGACAUUCGCAGCAUUUAGCUUUGAUAAAAUGAGCGAUUAUUGCUAGGUCUUGUAUCGUCAUAUCGGUUAUCGGUAUCGUUUAUCGUGUCAUUCCCUGAGGUGUUAUUUGAUUUAGACUGAAGACUCUAAACCAGAAAAGAAAGAAAUAUUUACAUAGAAUAUAUUAUUAUUAUUAGCGAUUAUCGCUGAAUUUCAGUAUCGUUAUUGAAAUCGUUUAUCAUAACAUUUUAAAAGGUUGUUCACAAAUUGAGGUGAAAAUAAUUUUAAGCUAAAACCUUAAGCGUCCUUGGUGCCUCUGAGCCUGGCAGCUUUUCUUCCGUCAGAACUCUCCCACGGUUUGUUUCUGGUCCGUGUCCUGGUACCAGGCCAGUGCCACUGACCAGUACAGCGACACACUCCCAGCUGGUUUUGCUUCGUAACGUCUCACUUGUCUGACCCAGUUUUAUGUGCAGAAACAACACAACUUGCGACGAAUGUAUUUAUGCGACCCAUUUUGUCAUUUUAUUUGAUUGAGCACUUGUGCACUUUAUCUGAAUGUCUUAUUUAUCUUGUAUUCUUUUUAUUUGCUUGUCAUCUGUUGCUCUAAACAUGUUUACCGGAGUGGAAAACAAAUGUCUGUGGUGCAACUAAAAACUAGGAUGGAAUGAGAGAAAACUUUACGUUUAUUGCUCAGUAUUUUUCACCUUAAAUUGUGUUUUUUUGUGUCGGUUUUAUCAAUGCUGUGAUGCAAGAACUAAAUAUAAUUUAUUCUUUUUCAUUUAUUUUUUUUAAAUUUGUGUUGCUCUUAUCAUUUUCACUUGCAAACAUCUAGUUUUUGAGCUUCUCUCAGUCACAGCCUAACCCGUUUCUUAGCUUUGGAUCACCUCCGUGCUUCUGUUUGAAAAGGUUCCCGGGAACCUUUUCUUCAUGUCGAGUAGCUUUAUGGAUUUUGCUGCUUACGCAACUUGGCGGUGCUGUUUCGUCUUCACAUGUCACUGCUUUUUGCCUCAUUUAGAAAAACGAAUGUAUCACAGACGGAAAACCGGGACUUUCUGAAACAGUCCGAAUGAGUGUUAAGCUCCUUUAGGGAACACAGGUGGUUCUGUCUUUAUUUGAAAUAGUUUUAUAGAUGGCAAUAUUUAAGUGUCAUAAAUAAAGGAACUGUUUUUUUUGUUUUUGGUGCUGCAGAUGCAGGACUGUGAGACUGGAGUUUUGGGGAGAGAUGAAUAAAUAAACCCAAUUUUAUGUUGCACCAAAGCCACGGGUUGAUGUCUGUUUUACUGGGAGGAAUGGAUUUCAUACAGUGUGCUGGGAAGGUCUGUGCCCUCCUCACACAUGCAUUUACCACAGAGUUAAACAUUUUACACAAGUGUUUUAUUCUGGUUUAAUGCAGCUGGUAAACUAAAAAAGUAAGAUCUGUGGAGGCUUUUAGAGGCACUUUACUGAUUUUUUUAAUGUAAACUGUGACAAUAACAAACGUUUUGUGAUGUGAAAAAAUGAAACCAGUAUUGUACAGUUCAACUGAAAAAUAACUUUCAGGAAUAAAGAUAAAAAAUAAAAACCUGCAU